AGUAUAUUUAUGUAUCAUAUCAUAUAUUAUUAUAUAGGUAGUGAACAAUCUGUUCGGGUCAGGUUAAGAUGCAGUGACUGUUCCUCAACCCUUGCAGUUUCGCAGGGUCGUUGUCUGGGGAGCAUCUGGGAUAGACUCCAGGAAACAGACAUUUACAUUUACUUUUAGCAGUAAAAUUGAUCAUUGCUUAUGAGAGAAGUACAGAGAGUAGAUGGGUUCGUGUGGGGUGGGGUGAAAGAGUUUGCUUAAACUGGGUUCGUAGAAUCUGGGUUCGCAGAAUCUGUUGCGUAAACUGUUUAUUCGAGCUGUUCCUAAGGAAAUAUUCAAAAUGUCACGCCGACCUGGGAGCUGGACAGAUAACACGGCCCAGCGCCAGGACUUUCCGAGUCAUCUACACGUCCUUAUUUGGACAUGUGGAAAGAUUUUAGGUGGUGGUUAAAAGCAGGCCUUCACAGGCUGGGGUUUUCAGAGCGCUUCGCAGAGGGUCCGCUGGUAGCACACAGCGGACCUUUUCCGACCUCUCGGUUCUCUCUGCAGAGGAACAAGCAGGUGAAUUCGAUGCGUCCCAGAUGGAUGCAGAAGAAACAAAACCAUUACGGACAAAGAAGCCAGUUCACCCUGUAGCUGAUCUAGAAGGGACAGACAGGGCAGUGAAAAGGGAUGAGUUGUUAGAACUGCCCGACAUUUAUUUAAACACAGAGAAAAUCUCAAUUGGAAAUUCCUGCAGUGAAAGUGAUCUGCGUGACAGAGCAGGUGGAUCACUGUGGGCUGAGUCAGAUGAGGAAUCAGUGUGUGUGGGUGACGAACGGGUAAAUGAGGUUUCUGAUGGACUUCCUCUGCUGGUCAAAGAGGCAAAGCGUCAAAAUCUGCCCUGGCCUUCAAGACCAGAUCAGAAUGAUCUGAAUGACACUGUGGGACUCGGCAACUUGUCACUAGAACAAAUAACUGACCAUGUGAUUCAUGCUGUUGAGCUGUGUCAGAAGCAGGCAAAGGAGGCAGUGAAAGAAGCAACACGCCAGCAGCAGCGAAAAGAGGGGGAGAAAAGAGAGAGGAGGAUGGUGUCUGCUCAACCAGCCAGCGUGCCUCAGACCCCACCUACACCACCAGGCAUGGCCACACCUCAGGUGAUGUACAUUCUACCAGGAGGGUGGACAAGACGACCUCCUAUAAGGAGAGGAGGGUUCCCUGCAGACAAAGGCAGAGGAACAGGAGGCAGCCACAAAGGAGGCGUGAGAUGCUACUGCUGUGGGAAGACUGGUCACGUAAGAAGCCACUGCUUUGAUUGGCUACGAGGCUCACGAGGAGUGCCCAGACCAAAGGGGUCCGCUGAUCAAUGUGGAGUCCACUCAACUGGGUACUAGAGAGGACCAGACACCUGCAGGAUCCAUGAACUUUGUUGAUGGGCUCCAUCAAAAGCCAAAAAGCCUGAUGCCUCUGAAUCUGUGACUUCACCUUGAUGCACACUUUAGUACUUUGAGGCUCAGACAAAUAUCUAAAAUUUGGAAACAAAAUAAACAAGUCGGUUGGUGAGAAUGACUUAGUCCUUAAACCUGCCAACAGAGACAAAAAUUAAAAAUAUGCCAAUUUUACUAGGCAAGGGAAAGACAAAGGUAUAGAGAAUAUUUCAAGAUAAAGUUCCCAAUUCAAUCACUCUGCUGACAAAUGCUCCACCUGAUGCUCAGUGGGUGACGGUGUUAAAAACAAUGUGAAUGUGAAGUAUGUGGAUGAAGAGACUGUGUGCACCAGACUUUGAGACAUGCCUCAUUUCAUCUCUCCAACUAACACUAACUGUAGACAGUUGUCUCAUCAUAUUGAUAAAGACUCAUUCUCAUUAUUGAGGUAAGGAAGUUUCACUAGACAACCUUAAUACUGUAGGAAGUGCCUCCCACAUACCAUAAAGUGAGUGAAGUAUCUGAGGAGGUCAAUCAGCUAAAAAGGGAAUGAGGAGAGUGUACAUGUUUCCCUCAUACAGUAAACAGCAGUUUGAUCCCUACAGUACGGAAGCUAGUAUAACGCAUCAUGCUCUCAUGUGUUACUGAAAACAUUAAACUUCAAGGUGACUAAAACCAGGUGUGCCUUUCACUGCUACUGUGCCAGUUCUCCAAUAGAUAGAAAAACCAAACCAUUCAGAACCUGCAAGGUGUAACUGUUGCAACAAUGCUUAGCCUUCUAUAGUACAGUAUUAUAAUAAAAAUGGAUUGUGUUGCUACGAGCAGUUACAGUUCACUGCACUACAUUUAGGAUUUGCACAGUACGUCUACUGUUUAAGUGGGGCUGAAGUUUUAAUGAUCACCUUGACAUGUUUUGAUGAGGUUCCACUUAGUUCUUAUCAUCACUAUCAUUAAUAUAUUCCAACAGAGCAGAAGACACAUUUAGCAAAUGUGUAAACCAGGUCUCAGUUAAUUUUUUUUCCAUCCUUUUGCUAAACAGUUAACAUAGAUGUCAUCAGUCUGCAGGCCUUAAACAAGUGUGACAGGGCUGUGGUGUUCUUUACGGCAUGGAAGGAGGAGGUCUGGGGAAGAGACUGAGCAGCAACAGUGACGGUGCUUUAUCCUCCAAGAGGGGUGACUGUAUGUGGGUUUAUAUGGACUUUCUUUAAUAGCUUACAAUACUUCAGUUAUCGUCCACAGCUAUUUUGUUAUCACUACAAAUUCUGACAGUCACAGGGGAAUUAUAAUUAGAUGUAACAAUAAUUGUGGGGUUGUUUGAAUUUCUAGGGUAUAGCUUUGCGUUUCCAACAGUUAAGUAGGUUGUGUUAUGUCCAUGUGUCAUUUCUGAUAGUUUGUGAGGAUUCAGCUUAUUUAGUCUUUACGUUAAUUUUGUCAUAAAGUCACUUAAUGCAUGCAUCCGCAAUGCGUCUUGAAUUUAAAAAGGUUUCCUACAACGCAAUGAUUCUGUGUUCAUAAUGAGAUUAGUUCGUGUUGAUGUUAUAGUUAUUAAGGUCUAAACAUUCUUGUUUCUCCUAUUGACAUUGUCCUUAAGUUCACUCAGUUUAUUCAGGGAUUGAUGAUGAUCCCUGGUAAGGAUAAACACAUAGGAUGAAUAAGUGUAGGAAAUUACUUUUAAGGGUUUUGCUAGUGUUCUUUUAUCCAUCCAUCUUAAUUUAAUGAUUUAAUCGGCUUCAAAUUCAAUUGACAGUUAUCUGUCUAUUGAGGGGGGAAAAUGUAUUGUAAAAAAUUGUUUUGAUUAUUGCUUUAUGACGGUCCCUAGUAACUGGGGAACUUGUGUGUGUGGCAUCUGCUGUGAGAAUGGACUAUUCUGUUUCUGUUGUGGUUUAUCCCAAGUUGGUGAACUUA